AUGUCCCUCCCUACGGUCGAACUCGUCGUCGGUCGGCUCAGGGACGGCGUGUCCACGACCCACCCUUCCUUCAAGAAGCUCCGGGACGCAUGUGUGAUCGGCGGACUCCCCAAGCAAGUUUACGGUGUCGCCGUCGAGGACAGCCAGAUGCUCUACUGGCUCAUCCACUAUGAUACGAUCGAGCCGAAGGACUUCCUCCCGAAGUGGCCCUCGGACUUCUGCGACUACUUCAAAGAGAUCAAGGAGAUCACGACUGAGGAGCCCGUCUCCUUCUACAUGCCGCGUGACUCGUACGCCGUUCUCUUCCCCCAGAAGAGCACGUCCGUGCCCAUCACCGAGAUCGUCGUCCUCGAGCUGAAGAGCGAGGCAGACAUCGACAAGUACAAAACCGCCCAGCAAGCGGUCGUCGACGCGCAGAGCAAGGAGCCCACCGCGCAUGCGCCAUGGUUCUCCAUGAUCAAGUCGGAUAAGGGUGUCUCUACAGGACUAGUCUUCGUCGGCUGGGACUCUAAGGAGGCGCACGAGGCAUGGGCUGCGAAGCAUGGGGCGCUGUUGCAGCCUUUGCGGGAUGUUGCGGCGAACGCGACGAUCGUGCAUGUCCCGUUCAGGGAACAUACCACCUCAGUAGGAAGUAGCCGUCUGAGACCGGUGCCCAACCCUCUCGCCAUAAAAGACCUCGCGAAGGCCAUCAACACUAACACCAACGCAUACGCCGCAACGCACUUCAUCUGUACCAACCCCCGAGUCAGCUUCGAAUCGCCAGAGAUGUCGACACACCCCGUCGAGCUCCUCAUCAUCACCGUCAAAGCCGAGAUCACCUCCGACUCCGCUGCGUUCACCGUGUUCCGCGAGGAAGCGUCCAAGACAGACGACGCGGUUGUGCGCCAGGCGUACGGCUUCCAGGUGAACGACCCGGCGCGACUGUAUUGGCUCCGACAGUUCCGCGAGGGUACGAGCCCGGAGGCUUUCGGAAGCUUCGCGCAGUCCAAGGCCGUCCUAGAUAUCAGCGCCUCCGAGGCGAUCGUGCACAACCUGCACUUCAAGGAGCUCCCCAACGAAGUGUUCACCGCGCCCGUCACCGAGAUCUCGACGGUGACCCUCAAGCAAGAAAUCAACCCCGACGAGUUCACUGCCUACAGAGCCUCGCUGACCACCAUCCUCCUGCAAUCGCCCGUCUUCCGCGGGCUCGCGCGCGGGGUCCCCGAGGCGGACCGCACGACGUGGACACUGCUUGGGUGGGAGUCCAUCGAGGGCCACCAUGCGUGGGCGAAAGAACAUAUGGGCACGACGCUCGAGUAUUUCGUGAAGUCGGUGGAGAAGUCUGCGGCGGUGCACGUCUCGUGGAGCGUCUUGUGA